AGAAAGAAGAGGCAAGACGCCAAAUCCGGCGUGCCCCUCUCCUCCUCCUCCUCCCCCCAAAACCCCCUCCCAAAUCCCUCUCCUCCCCGCCAACCCAACCCAACCCAAUCCCUCCACACCCCCCGCCUAUGCACGCCCGCCGCGCGUGGCGCCGGGCGGCGGGGUGACGUGACGUCAUCUCCUCGUCGGUCGGCGUCCCAUGAGGCGGAGCGGCAACGGCGGCGCGGCGAAGAAGAAGAAGAAGAGGAGCGCGAGCGCGGCGUCCGAGAGGAGGCCGCGGGCGGACGGCGGGAUGCGCAUCGUGGUGCCGCUGCAGGGGGUGGUGCAGGGACGCGGGGGGCUCGUGCUCGGCUCCCUCAUCCCCUGCGCCCUCUUCUACUUCUUCCAGCUCUACAUCAAGCGCAACCGCGCCUCGCCGCCGCCGCCGCCCGGAUCCCCCACGGCCGCCUCCGCCGCGGCGGUGUCGCCGAUCCACCGCUCGCUCUCGCGCGGCCUCCUCGCCCCGCGCGCCGCGCUCCCGGCCAUCUCCGCGCGCGGCGCCUCCGUCCGCGACGACGACUCGCUCUACUACGCCGGCCUCCGCCGCUGCGCCGCCGACCCCUACCACCCGGUCACCAACCCCUCCGGCAUCAUCCAGCUCGGCCUCGCCGAGAACUACCUGUCGCUGGAUUUGGUUGGGAGAUGGAUGGAGGAGCACGCGGCGGAGGCGGCGUCCAUGGCGGGCGGAGAAGACGAGGACGAGAGGGAGCUCUCCAUCAGAGGCCUCGCCGCCUACCAGCCGUACGACGGGAUACUUGCCUUGAAGAUGGCUCUUGCUGGAUUUAUGAGGCAAAUCAUGCAAGGAUCAGUGUCCUUUGAACCAUCUCAGGUGGUUAUAACAUCUGGUGCAACUCCUGCAAUGGAAAUACUGAGUUUCUGCCUUGCUGAUCCAGGAAAUGCAUUUCUUGUUCCAUCACCAUACUACCCUGGGUGGGACAGGGACAUAAAAUGGCGCACUGGAAUUGAGUUGAUACCUGUUCCUUGCCGUAGCACUGACAACUUCAACAUUAGUAUCACUGCUCUAGAAAUAGCCUACAAUCAGGCAAAGAAGCGAGGAAUAAAGGUUCGUGGGGUUCUCAUAUCCAACCCAAAUAACCCUACAGGAAGCUUUGUGCCCAAGCAAACACUGCAUGAUCUUCUAGAGUUUGCUGCAGAGAAGAACAUCCACUUGAUAUCUGAUGAAGUGUUUGCUGGCUCAACAUAUGGAUCUGGAAAAUUUGUAAGUGUGGCAGAGGUUGUUGAUGAUCUAGAAGACUUUGACAAAGGCAGGGUGCACAUAAUAUAUGGACUCUCGAAAGACCUAUCUCUUGCCGGGUUUCGGGUUGGGGUAAUAUAUUCCUAUAAUGAAAGCAUCGUGACAGCAGCUGCUAAGAUUGCUAGGUUCUCGUCUGUGUCAACUCCAACACAACGCUUGCUUGUUGCCAUGCUCUCGGACCAAAAGUUCAUUUCAGAUUACCUAAAAGUUAAUAGAGAGAGAUUGCGCAAGAUGUACCAUUUGUUUGUUGAUGCUUUGGAUCAAGUGGGGAUUGAGUGCUACAAGAGCAGUGGAGGGUUCUACUGCUGGGCAGACAUGAGCAAGUUCAUCAGGUCUUACAGCGAGAAAGGGGAGCGCAAGCUUUGGGAUAGGUUAUUGGAGGAGGCAAAGGUCAAUGUCACUCCAGGUUCAUCUUGCCAUUGCAUCGAGCCUGGAUGGUUCAGGUGUUGCUUCACGACAUUGAGCGAACAUGAUAUCCCUGUCUUAGUGCAAAGGCUCAGGACGAUUACAGAUAGCCAUAAACCGAAUCAUUGAAACACCAGGAUUAUCCUCUCGAGCUUGUCAUGGAAUGGAAUAACUGCUUUGCCAGGUACUCCACAGAGAAUCCAGGGGGCAUAGAGGAAAAAGAUGGUAUAAUCCUUCUUUACCAUGGGAACUACUCCUAACAACCAGUAGGAGCAAUCGUACGCCUUUGCUGGAACAAAGACAAAUCAGGACCAUGUUUGUAUUGAUCUGUUGAAGAACAACAGUUCUUUUGAAAGUUGUUGCUGAGUUGCUUUUAUUGAUCUGUAGGUCUCAGCUGCUUCCAUUGUAGGGGUUUCAGAUAGAAAAUUGCCCAUCUGUUGAUAGGUUAAAUCAAGCAUAAGUUCAUUCUCUCUGUAGGUCCAUUGUGACAUAAGCUAGUGUUGGGUUUUUGUUUUGUGAGUUUGUAAAUCAGUUCCUGCUUGUGCCAGGGUUUUGGACGCGACUCAUAUGUUGUCAUCAAAAUUAUUUAUUUAUUGGGGUUCAUUUUUGUCACUAGAACAGUUUCACAAACAAUGGAACAAUCAUGCAUAGGAAAAAAAGAACAUGUUGGUUACAGAAUUCAGAUGAAAUGUAUUGCAAAAGCCCUAUUUGAUCA